AUGUCUGCGGCAGAUCGGCAGGAUUCAUUUGCCCCUGCAUCUUCCUCAUCGUACUCGUCCGCAUUCCCGCAACGCUUGCCCCCGUCCGACGACCCAGACGAGCUCGACUUUCUGGGGGACCAUGAUGACGACGAUGUCGCCGAUGACGGCCACGUACUCGACGACGACCCAAUCCAUCACGACGAAUUUACAACACCCAUCUCAUUCAAGCGAAAGUCGAAACCCUCGCUCUUCGCCAGCCCUGUCCGACUGCUCUCGGCGCUGACCCGCGGCGGCGAUGGCGGCGGCGAGAGCAGCAGCAGCAGUAGGACGCCGCCGCGCACGCCCGUGACCCUUCCGACAACAACAGCGACGUCGUUGUCGCCCCGGCGGCCGGGUGCCUCUAGCAACGGGGUCUUUAAUAAGGACGGGGCCGCCGCACUGGACUGGCACGUCGAGGGGCCCGGGCGCCGCGUCGCCUACGACGACCUGACGGCGAUUGACUGGAUCUUCGAGUACACCAAGGAGCGGCAGCGGCUGCGCGUGUUGACGGCCAACACGAGCGGGCUCGCGGGCUCGGUGCGCAAGCUGCUUGACGCGAGUCAGGUCUGGGUCGUCAUGAUCCUGACGGGGCUGGCUGUCGGCGCCGUGGCCGCCCUCAUCAACAUCACGGCCGACUGGCUCGGCGACCUUAAGCUCGGCUACUGCGCGAGCGGGCCCGAAGGCGGCCACUUUUACCUCAACAAGAGCUUCUGCUGCUACGGCUACGACCAGGGCUCCAAGUGCACCGGCUGGCGCUCCUGGGGCGAGGCGCUGGGAGUGCAUGCCCUGGCUGGGCGGUGGAUCAUAGAGUAUAUAUUCUACCUGUUCCUGUCGAUUUUAUUCGCAAUUUCCGCUGCUGUGCUGGUGCAAGAAUAUUCGCUGCAUGCCAAACACAGCGGUAUCCCGGAAAUCAAGACGAUUCUCGGCGGCUUUGUCAUCCGCCGCCUGCUCGGCGCCUGGACACUCGUCGCAAAGUCGUUGGGCCUCAUCCUAGCAGUGGCUUCCGGAAUGUGGCUCGGAAAGGAGGGACCGCUGGUCCAUGUGGCCUGCUGCUGCGCCAACCUCUUUACGAAGCUAUUCCACAACAUCAACGGAAACGAGGCGCGCAAGAGGGAAGUGCUGUCCGCGGCGGCGGCGGCCGGCAUAUCCGUCGCAUUCGGCUCUCCGAUUGGCGGCGUCUUGUUUAGCUUGGAGCAGCUGUCCUACUACUUUCCCGACAAGACCAUGUGGCAGAGCUUCGUCUGCGCCAUGACGGCCGCCGUGUCGCUGCAAGCCUUUGACCCCCUCCGGUCCGGAAAGCUGGUUCUGUACCAGACCAAAUACAGUCGCGACUGGCACGGCUUCGAAAUCUUUCCCUAUGCCAUUCUUGGCAUCAUAGGAGGCGUCUAUGGCGGGCUGUUUAUCAAGACCAACAUGAUGGUCGCGCGCUGGAAAAAGGCCAACAGCUGGCUGCCCGGGCCCAUUGUCCAAGUGCUGGCCGUGGCCCUGCUCACCGCGCUCAUCAACUUCCCCAAUCACUACAUGAAGGUGCAGUCGACCGAGCUCGUGUCCAACCUGUUCCAGGAGUGCUCGCAGGUGCUCGAUGACCCGGUUGGCCUCUGCAAGACGGGCGCCGCGUCCGCCAGCACCAUUGUGCUGCUCCUCUUUGCCGCGCUGCUCGGCUUCUUCCUCGCCGCCGUCAGCUUCGGGCUGCAGAUUCCCGCCGGCAUUAUCCUACCCUCAAUGGCCAUUGGCGCGCUCGUCGGCCGCGCCGUCGGCAUCGUCAUGGAGCUCUGGGUCGACAGCCGCCGCGGUUCGCUCCUCUUCCAGACGUGCGCGCCCGAUGUGCCCUGCGUCACGCCGGGCACCUACGCCAUCAUUGGCGCCGCUGCCGCCCUCGCCGGCGUCACCCGCAUGACUGUAUCCAUCGUUGUCAUCAUGUUCGAGCUCACCGGCGCCCUCACCUACGUCCUCCCCAUCAUGGUCGCCGUCAUGAUCUCCAAAUGGGUUGGCGACGCCUUUUCCCGCCGCGGCAUCUACGAGUCCUGGAUUCACUUCAACGAGUACCCCUAUCUCGACAACAGCGAGGAGGUGGUCGUGCCCGACGUGCCCGCCGCCCAGAUCAUGACGCGCAUCGAGGACCUCGUCGUCCUCACCGCCACCGGCCACACCAUCGCCUCCCUCAACGAUGUCCUCGCCGCCCAUCCUUGCCGUGGCUUCCCCGUCAUCUCCGACCCCCGUGACGCCAUUCUCCUCGGCUACAUAUCCCGCGCCGAGCUCAGCUACAACAUCCACACCGCCUCGGCUCCGCCGCGCUCCCUGCCGCCGCUCACCGAGGCCUUUUUUGCCCACCAGCCGCUCGCCGACCCCCGCACCACCCUCGACCUCCGACCCUGGAUGGACCAGACGCCCCUCACCUUGCCCUCGCGCACUAAUUUGCAGCUCGUCGUCUCCUACUUUCAGAAGCUCGGCCUGCGCUACGUGCUCUUUAGCGACCGCGGCGUUCUCCAGGGCCUGCUCACGAAAAAGGACGUCUGGUACGUGCUCAACGGCGCCGACGAGACGCGUCGCACGACGGCGGCGGCGGACGCCGCGUCCGCUUCCCACACUGGUCCUACGGGGAGAGGCGCAGCAGCGACGUCGGGACCAGAUGAGGCGUUGCUGGUGUCCGACGAUGAAGGGGACGACGAUGGUGCGGCUGGUUCUCGUAGUCCAAUGCUCUAG